CUGAUCCUCUACCACUUAGCCACCACAGGUGUUAGGUAACCGUACCAUGGAUAAAAUGUCAUCCCAGUAAGGCACGACGCUACCAUUGCGACGCAGUGAAUGGCAAACACCUGACGCCCGUGAUUAACGCUUGGCGCACCUGUGAGCUUUGAAAGAGUGACCAAGGGGGUUUACAGCACACCUGUGGCCUCACAGGUGUAAUCACACCUGACCCGUUUGGUCAUGGCUAAGAACACUGAAUUAUCACCAGUAUGACUAAUGUUUGCUGAAGAUUUAUAAUAAAGUUUUUGAUAUUUUAAAACCUGUAAACUGCGGCACCAACGUUGAGUGUCCCGCGGCGCAGCCAGCUCGGGGAAGCAACAACCAAGGCCGUGACAUGUAGCCUAGUAUAAAAGUGCUACACGUAACAUGAAUUUCCUAAGCAAUUUGAAAAGCGGACGCUCAAGGUGUGAACAGCAGGUUAUGGGAUCAAUUUGUACACCCCCACCCUCUCUCUAUGGCAAGGGGGUGAAGGGGGCCGGGAGGCGGUCCACUGGAUCACCCACACAACGCUGGAGCCCCGCCACGAUGCCGCACGCCCAGGCCGCCGCUGCGAGGCUGUGCACGCUGCUGCUGCUGCUGCUGGGAGCCUCACUGACCGCCGCCAACUCUGAAGAGAGUGGCAGUAACAGUGACGAAGCUGAAGUGGAGCUGAAAUGGGACGCGUUGGGGCCCGUGGAGGACAGACACUACGGUCUCAACAUCCUGGACAGCCGCGGGGAGGUCAUCCUGAGUGACCCUACAGACCAAGUCCUGCGAGCCGUGGUGAAGUCUGGGGACCCCCACUACCCCCUCGACCUCCACAAGCUGAAGGCUAUAAAAAGGAGGCUGAGAGAAGAUGGUGACCAGGUGCAGGAAACCGACCAGCCAAUGGACGGAUUGGACAAGAAGAAGCAGAGCGAUGGGCGUGACGAGCCUGUCCUCUCUCGACUUGUGAAGUGGAUUUGGGAAUAAUGACUCAACCAUGGAAUAUAUAAUAGCCUCCUCGGCCUCAACCAUCACCACCACCCCAUCAAGAAGCGUCGUUCUCGCCUCAGAAAGUGGAGAUAAAUGACAGCUUUACGGCCACAAUUUUAUGAAACUAAAAUAUCGUAUCCUUGAAGUGGCAGUAAUUAUGGGACUGGGUGUUUUGAAGUUGAUAUAUGUUAAAAAUUGCAAGUUUUGGAAUCUUUAAGCUGAUAUGAGACACUGAGUAAGAAAAUACACGACUUACAUUAAAAAUUC